AUGGUUAGUCAGUUUAUGCAUUCACUUGGAUCAAAACAUUUUGAAGCUGUUUACAGGAUUCUACGGUAUCUAAAGGGGACACCAGGUAGAGGCCUUCUGUUCAAGUCACGGGGACAUUUACAAAUUGAAGCCUACACUGAUGCAGACUGGGCUGGAAGUAUAGUGGACCGAAGAUCUACCUCGUGGUAUUGCUCAUUUGUAGGUGGCAACUUGGUUACAUGGCGAAGCAAAAAACAGAACGUGGUCGCUAGAAGUAGUGCGGAGGCUAAGUUUAGAGCUGUGGCACAUGGCAUCUGUGAGAUUAUGUGGAUAAGAAGAUUGCUAGAGGAAUUAAAGGCGUCGGGGUUAACAAGGCUGCAAUUUCAAUUGCCUAGAAUCCAGUUCUCCAUGACCGCACGAAACAUGUAG